GAAAAAUGAACAACAAGGAUUUAUCUGUAAAUAUGCAUAAAUCAACAACUAAUAGGAGUAUUACUAAUCAACCCGACUCUGGAAUUGUCUCAAGAAGUGGAUUAGGAAAAAGAGUGAUAGUUAACGGUCACUAUGGCGGUGUUCUACGUUAUAUGGGUCAAGUUGCUGGCAAGGAAGGAAUUUUCUGUGGAAUAGAAUUGGAUCAGCCCGUAGGGAAGAAUGAUGGGACACAUGAGGGAGCCUUUUAUUUUGGUUGUCGCCCAGGCCAUGGUGUCUUCGCUCCUUGUCAUAAAGUGCAAAUGGAGACAAUGAGAAGACAAACAGAGAAGGGAGGAAAAGCUUCACUUAUUGCUAAAGCUGAAAGGACACUUUCUCGAUCAGCAAUGCCUUCAUUAAACAUUGAUAGAAAUAUUAGUGAAAUACCAUCAACUUCGACUCAAAUCCCUCAGAUGCCUAUGGAUUGGUCUUUAAUGUCAAUGUCUACUGUUUCUAAUAAUUCUGAUUCGUCUUAUGUGGUAGGGAAUUAG